AUGGCUAGCUACAGAUACAGAUACAGAUCUCGUAGAUUGUUUGAUGAUUCGGAUUCCUCGUCGUCUGAAACCUCUGAUUCCGAGAGUGUCGACGACGAAGAAUCAUCUGAGGAUUCAGAGGAGGAUCUAAGAGGGGCCACGUAUUUACCCAAACACAGGCCUCGGGGUUCAGGUUUUAAGGCCAAGUCAGGUUAUCAGAUUGGUAAUGCAACGGUUACUGUUGUUGGAGGGGAAAUUACCAGACAAAAAGUUGACGUAAUAGUCAACGGUACAAAUCCUCGUCUCGAUCUGAGCCAAGGGAGAGCUUCGAGUUCCCUCCUAGCCGCGGCAGGGAGGGGCAUUCAGAGAGAGUGUCGUCAGAACUAUCCUGAAAGGUUAGAUCCAGGAGAAAUAGCUGUCACAACAGGGGGAAACCUCGCCUGUAAGGCUAUAUAUCAUGGAGUUCUGACCAAAUAUUCAUCUAAGAAAGACGAACGGAUUUUAGCAGACUUGGUGACAGAAUGUCUGGAUCAGGCUGAUGCUGACGGUUACAGGUCUAUUGCCUUCCCACCGAUUGGGACUGGGAACCUGUCAUACAAUCCAGCAAGAGUUGCUGAAAUAAUGUUGGAAUGUAUUGAAGACUGCACUUCACGAACAGUAACAUCUGUGUCCAUUGUUAUAUACUCACAAGAAAGUAGUUGUUUUCAGGACUUUUUAAACGCAGCUAUGAGAUAUUCGUCAUCAACCUCAAAACUGAGCUUGAGUUCCAAUAAAAAGCGAGGAUCUAAAGCUUCGCCUGGAAUUUCGAUCUCAAACUUUAGUAAUAAUAUUGGCGGAAUCAAUGUGAAUGUCUCAGUUGGUAGUCUUCAAGAUCAAAAUGUAGAUGUUGUCGUCAAUAGCAUUGGGCAGGACCUCAGCAUGGAUUCCGCCUUGUCCUCCGCCCUAGUGUCUGCUGCUGGACCAAAUCUCAUGCAAGAGCUUCAUCAGACAUGUCUUGGUAAAAUUCCUUUUGGAUUUGUUGCUGUUACUAAGGGUUACAACUUAAAUUGUAAAGAAGUAUUUCAUGGUGCCUUAUCUUCAUGGAGCUCAAAAACAACAGGCAGUAAACACCAACCAGAUAUUGUCCUAGAAGAGUUCGUCUAUAAAUGUCUGAAAACGGCCAAUUCACGUGGACACAAGUCCAUUGCGUUUCCAGCAUUAGGAACAGGACAGUUAAAGUUCCCACCAGAUGUGGCUGCUGCUUGUACUGUCGCAGGAAUUAAAAAGUUUUCAGCCAAAUAUAGCAUUUCCGAAAUACGAAUUUUACUGUAUAGUGGGAGUCCAGACUUGAAUCAGCUUAAGAAGGCCUUUAAGGAUGAAAUGACCACUCCUGGACACAGAGUGAGCAAAGCAGGAAAAUCAGCUUCUGUCGAACACUUUUCUCAAUACAGCGAACCAAAGCGAGGCACAGAAGCCUGGUUGGCAUGGAAGUACAGGGAAGAUCUCAGGACGCCGAAAUAUUGGACAAAAUACACCGACACCAAAAAACUAAAACAUUGGAAUUUGGGGGGUAGCUCUUUUGAAAAGGUGGAUCAAGUUACCAAAAGUUCCAUAAGCAAUGCCCUUAAAAAAUCUGUACAAGUCAAAACGAUUGUCAGUAUACAACGGCUUGAAAAUGUUGGUUUGUUCCAAAAGUACGGCGAUGAAUGCCAGAGAUUAUUUCGCAAAGCUAGUAUGGCAGGGAAUUUUACUCCUUUGGAUAAAGUACAGAACUCGCUGGGCCCGGUGAGGGUAAUGAAGUAUCUUGACCAAUCCUUAACGAAGCACACUUAUCCAGAAAUAAACGAGUAUUUCUUUUUCCACGGUACGAAACCAAAUGCUGUGAAUUUGAUCUGUGAACAGGGGCUAGAUAGUAGGCUAGGGGGCGGACGGCUUGGUGUCGGAGUCUAUGGAGCAGAAAUGGCAUCAAAGUCUCACGGUUACACAGGAACGAAUAGCAAAGGUGAAAGACCCAUGUUCUUGGUCAGGAUGUGCCUCGGAGAUGUCUUUUUGACAAAUGUAGACACUAACUUUAGGAGGGCCCCGUGCAAAAAAUGCAGUAAUGCUCAGUGUACAAGUCAUCAAGAGAUGUAUGACAGUGUAGUGGCCAAUGGUGGAGCAUUUUCCGAUCGCGAGUUCGUGGUUUAUGACAGAAAUCAGUCUUAUCCCGAAUUUCUUAUUUGGUAUAUCAAAGUUAAGAUGGCUGGUUACAGAAAUCGCAGGUUACUGGACGAUUCUGAUUCUUCGUUGUCGGAAUCCUCAGAAUCCUCAGAAUCUGAUGAAGAAGAGCAAUAUGACAUUGUGCUGCUUUAUUCUUCUUCUAUGUGCAAUAAGUGUAUUCUCUCCGUAGAAUCUACUGACGAUUCCGACGAGUUGGUAGGGGCCACUUAUUUACCCAAACACAGUUCCCGAGGAUCAAGUUUUCAAGUCAAGUCGGGUUUCCAGAUUGGUAAUAUUACAGUCGAUAUUGUUGGAGGAGAUAUUACCAGACAACAGGUUGACGUAAUAGUUCACAGUGCAAAUCCUAGUCUUGAUCUGAGUCAAGGGAGAGCGUCCAGUUCCCUCCUAUCUGCAGCAGGGAGGGGCAUUCAGAGAGAGUGUCGUCAGAACUAUCCUGGCACGUUAUCAACAGGGGAAAUAGCUGUCACAACAGGAGGAAAUCUCGCCUGUAAGGCAAUAUAUCAUGGAGUUCUGGCAAAAUAUUCAUCUAAAAAAGACGAACAGAUCUUAGCAGACUUAGUGACAGAAUGUCUAGAUCAGGCUGAUGCUGACGGUUACAGGUCCAUCGCCUUCCCACCGAUAGGGACCGGGUACCUGUCCUAUCCCUCUCCAAGAGUUGCUGAAAUAAUGUUGGAAUGCAUCAAAGAGUGCACAUCACGAACAAUAACAUCUGUGUCCAUUGUAAUAUACUCACAAGAAAGCAGCACUUUCCAGGACUUCCUAAACGCAGCAGGAAAGUAUUCGUCAUCUACAUCAAACCAGAAUCAUAAACAAGGCAGUGCUUCCAAGGUUUCCAGACAUUCUGGAAAUAGUGUCAGACUCGGGUCUGUAAAUAUUAAAGUAGUUCUCGGUGCUCUAAACAAGGAAAGCGCUGAUGUCUUGGCUCAUUGUGCUCCAAAAGACUUGAACCUCAGCACCGGUGCUCUUUCACGGGUUUUACUGAAUGAUGCAGGGCCUGGACUGCAGACAGAACUCAACAACGUAGCGUCAAAAGGAAUAAAUUUUGGUGGAUUAGUCAUUACUAAUGGAUACAAUCUGUCAUGCAAAUAUGUCUUCCAUGGCACUUUGCCAAAAUGGGGAACACCCUCGCCUGAUCCUUCUGGAUGUUUGGAACAGUUUGUAACCGGCUGUCUGGAAACGGCGAACUUUAACUCGAUAAGAUCGAUAGCAUUUCCAACGCUUGGUAUUGGGGCUUUGGGAUAUCCUACAAAAAAUGCGAUUAAAGUUAUGGUACAGAGUAUCCAGAAGUUCAGCCGUAAUCAUCCACAAUCUAGUCUUACAGACGUCAGCAUUGUGAUUUUUAAAGGAAGCCAAGAUUCUUCAUUAGUCCAAUCUGAGCUUUUAAAUGAACUUGGAAUUGGUCAAAGUGCUUCAGGUUCGACUUCCCAAGCAACAUCAGCAGCUUCGUCCACUGGAAUGUCGCGUACAAAAUUUAGCAAAAAUAUUGGCAAAAUUUCUGUGAAUGUUAUAGUAGGAAGUUUGCCAGAUCAAAAUGUUAGUGCUGUUGUCAAUGCCAUCGGACAAGAUCUCAACAUGAACUCUGCGUCUUCCUCUGCUCUGGUCUCUGCUGCUGGACCAAACCUCGUACAAGAGCUUCAUCAAAAAUGUCCUAAAAAUAACAUUGCUUUCGGUUUUAUUGCUGUUACCAAGGGUUACAAUUUGAAAUGUUCCGAAGUUUUUCAUGGCGCCUUGUUGUCGUGGUAUGCUAAAGCUACUGGCAAUACAACCCAACCAGAUAUUAUAUUGGAGGAAUUUGUUUAUAAUUGUCUAAAAACGGCCAAUUCCCAUGGACACAAGUCCAUAGCGUUUCCAGCACUCGGUACAGGACAGCUGAAGUUCCCGUUGGACGUAGCAGCUGCUUGCACUGUGGCGGCAAUUCGAAAGUUUUCAGCCAAAUAUAGCAUUUCUGAAGUACGAAUCGUAUUGUACGGUGGUAGUCCAGACUUGAAACAAUUAGAGAAGGCAUAUAAAGAUGAAUUGUCUAGUCCUGGGAAAAAAGUGAGUGCUGUCGGUCACCCAGUACCGAGCGGACAGUCUUCUCAAUACCAUGAGCCACCGCGUGGAACAAAAGCCUGGUUAGCUUGGAAGUACAGGGAAGACAUGAGGACACCAAAAUACUGGACGAAAUACACAAACACAAAAAAAUUGAAAGACUGGAAUUUGGAUGUUAGAACAAAUGUCCACUCUUUAGAAACCGUAGACCAACUGACUUUCAAUUCAAUAGGCGCUACUCUAAAAAGCACACUAGGUACUGUAAGAAUAGUAAGCAUAAAGCGAAUAGAGAACGUGAGUCUCUAUCAAAAAUAUGGCGACGAAUGCCAAAGAUUAUUUCGCAAAGCAAGUGUUGAAGGUAACUUUGUUCCCCUCGAAAAAAUGAAGAACUCGACAGGCUCUGUAAAAGUAAUGAAGACUUUAGACCCUUCUUUAACUCGACAUACAUACCCAGAAAUUAAUGAUUAUUACUUUUUCCACGCAACAAAGGCCCAGCUUGUAGAUGUGAUAUGUUCACAAGGCUUAGACAGUAGACUGGCAAAUAAUGGACUGCUUGGUAGUGGUGUUUAUGGAGCAGAGGUGGCAGUAAAGUCCCAUGCAUAUUCAGGACCAAACCAGAAGGGAGAACGCCCCAUGUUUCUUAUCAGAAUGUGUCUUGGGGAUGUGUACAUGACUGGGUCAGUAGGACAAUUCAGAAGACCCCCAUGUAAAAUAUGUCUCUCGAAUAUUUGCACAACUCAUCAAGAAACAUAUGACAGUGUAGUGGCUAACUUCCCACAACGAGAAUUUGUUGUUUAUGACAGGAAUCAGUCAUAUCCUGAAUACAUCAUUUGGUAUAGAUAGUCUACAUGUGGAUAUUGAAGGUCCUAUGUGCGGAAACUGUCUUGCUUUGCAGAGAAAUGAAAACGUAAAACUUCUUUAUUUUUUGAGUUUGUUUGGAUUGGUUUAUUGUGUUUUUUGUUCAAAUAUCUACCUAAUUUGCAUUGAAAUAUAUUGUACA